UCCGAGUUAGCCUCUUAAGUAAGAGUUCGGAAAUAUCUACAUGUAUCUCAUCAAUCCAUCAAUGUUAUCCAUGGCAGGACAGGAAGACUAAGCAGGCGUCCGCAAACCAAAUCCAGCUCUUGCAUGUUUCUUCCGGGCAUACGAUCAUCGAUGGAUGGAGAUGAAUGGAUGACAAUAGAUGUACCUACGUUAGCACUUAUAGUACUCUUCAUACAAUGGAUGUUAACAACUUAACAUAUCCAUGGAUGAUGGAUGUAUUAACCUUGAAUGUAACCCCCUUGCCAUUCAUGGAUACCAUGGAUACCAUGGAUACAAUGGAUGGAUUGCAAAAGAGAUCCCCCGCCUCGCAACCCCUCGUCCUUUUUUUUCUUUUCUGGAUCUCCCACAAAUUCCUUGGUUUCCCAGCUUUUUGUAUACCCAAUUGCCCCGCACUUGGACUAUGUAGGUCGGGGUGCUCCCACACAGAACCCCUACCUUAACAUUGAAUACUACAUUAGUACCCUUACCUCCCUGGGAAGAUUUGGAAAAGAGAGAGAAAAAAUGGGAAUAACUAAGACUUAAGGACGAUAAACGAACACGAUCUCCACCAACUU